AUGGCAGAGAAGCUAGGCAUUGCUGGAGCCUUGCAGCGCCCUACUACUUCAAUCAUGUUUGGAGAUGCAACUUCUAAGUCUCCUCUUGGAGUGUUCAAGAACUAUCACUUGAAAAUUGGAGAAUGCAUCAUCCAAACUGAUCUCACUGUGAUGGAAAUGGAAGAAGAGAAGGAUUUACCUCUGUUAUUGGGAACCCCUUUCCUUAGUACAGUUGGCGCUUCAAUAGACUUUCACAAGCAAGAAGUGAUCCUUCACAAGGUGAAUAGUUUGGUGUCAUAUCGCUUGCAGCCUAGAGGUUCAGACUUUUGUGCCACAAUUGACAGUACCACUCUCAGUUCUAAGAGUCAUGGAGCUACAAAGGUUGUGAAGGAAAGGGUUGACAAAGAACCAAGAGUUGGGAAGGAUAAGGAUGAGAGAGGACCAAGGAUUGAGAAGCCACGUCUUGAGAGGGCUAGAGUUGAGAAACCACGAAGGGCUCUAAAAGAAGGGGAGGAUGUAGCCUCUAAGGCAAGACCAGGUGAUAAAAGAAAGGAUCCACCAGCUCAGGCCCCUUCAUUCAAGCCAUCUCAGCUCACAAUGACUUUGUUCCCCACCAAGUUUGAAAAUGGGAAGAUUGAGUACAAGAUAAGGUACAAGGGGAGAUCAAGGCCAUUCUCUAGAGCCAAGGCCUUGGUGACUUCAGAACAGUCCAGGGACCCAACCAAGCUAAAGGAGCUUCUGUCUCAAGUCCUCACUAUCACCCUUGAUGGUGGGACUAGCUCAACCAAUGCCUAA